CAAACAUAAAAACAAACUCGUUAUCCAAAUUAAAACAUAGCAGUCAAAACAAAUCAUCACUCUUUCUUAUCCUUUUACCAUUUAGUGCAUGCACAAGCACAGCUUCUACUGCCUUCUAAACCAUGCUCUUACACCGCUCUAUCUACCUAUCUAUCCAUCUAUCUAUAUAUUCUUCGAAACCCGUCUUGUCGACAGAAGGAUCAAUCACAAUCACAAUUCAUGAUAACGAUGAAAGGAAAAUCUGUAAAACGAUACAUCAAGAAGUGCAGAAAUGCAGCAAUUCAGGCUCUACAAUAUGCAGCAAUUUGGUGCAGUUAUUGCAGUUGGGAUUUGAUGUCAAGUUGUGUUGAGGCAAAAGCAAUUCCUGAGGAUGUUCCAAAGGGGCAUUUUGUGGUGUACGUGGGUGAAGAGUGCAGGAGAUAUGUUAUUGAGAUUGCAGUGCUGAAGAAUCCUAUGUUUAAGGCACUGCUGGAUUCUGCUGAGGAAAUGUUUGGAUUUGCCAAUGGUCCAAAACUCUACUUGCCUUGUAAGGAGUAUGCUUUUGUUAGAAUUCUUCAGUGUAUAGGUUCUUAUACUAAACCAGGCCACUUCUCACCAUCUAUGGAAUUUGAGUUGAUGAGCAAAAGGGAUGAUCUAUGAAUGUGUUGUUGUGAUUAAAGAAGUGAAAUUGCAACCAAUGUUUGUAGUGUUCAUUCUACUUUCUAGUGUGUUGUGUUCCCUUUUGAGUCUAUGGUUGGUAAAUAUAGGUUCCCUCAACUAUG